AUGUCCACCACUCACCCUCCCUCCCUUCCCACACCUCGUACUUUCAUAACUUCUCUCUUCAAUAGCCUUACUGCUUCUUCUUCUUCUACAAACUUAAAUCCAACCUCAAAUCCCAAUACAAACACAAAUACAAACUCAAUCUCACAAAGAACCUCAAAUCCAAAUGUCAAAGCAAAGGAAACAGAAAAUUCAAAUCCGUUAAAAGGGAUAGGAAGUGAGAAGAAAGCGCUCUUGAUGACAUUGCAUGUUAUUUUUCCUCCGCCGGUACUUUUACAGGCGUUGGAUUUGUUGGAUAGAGGGGUGGUGGGGAGGGUGGUUUAUGAAGGGGAGGGUGCUGUGGUUGGGGGUGGGGGUGGGGAUGGAGGAGUCGAGGAGGGGAAUAGCAGUCAUGUCAGUGGAGUUGGAGAUAAAGGAGGAGUAGAUUAUUAUGGAAAAGACGCGAGGGAAGAAGGUACAAGAGCCGAAACAAAACCUGUGGAUGAGGCAGGGAAUAGUGAGAGUUUGGGAGAAGACGUGAUCCACGACGAAAGAGGCCAGAUAUCAGAAGAUACAAGGAGAAAUCUAGUUCCUCCUCUAUCACACACCCAUCCACAUCCACAUCUAAAUCUACAUCUACCCGACGCAACAUCCUCCAACCUUAAACCCAAACCCAACCCUAAACCAAAACCAGAGAAUAACAAAAUAACAAUCUACCAAGUGCGCUCCUCGCAACCCUCAAAAUGGAAUUCCAAUUCCAAUUCCAAUUCGUCUCAUUAUCAUUCUCAUUCUCAUUCUCGUACUACAUCUACAUCUGAAUCCGGAAGCAAAAGCAACAUCAGAAUCCCACCCUCAGAAAAUCCACAUACCGUCCACCUAAACGCCUGGAACUGCACCUGCGCCGCCUUUACUUAUUCAUCAUUUCCCGCUUCAUCCUCAUUUUCCUCCUCCUCCUCCUCUACCACUUCUUUCUUCCCCAACCCCUCAACAAAAACAAAAACACAAACCUGGCAAUACGGAGGCCCUCAAACUCAAACCCAAACCCAAGACUCCUCACUACCCAUCUGUAAACACAUAUUAGCAUGUCUCCUCGCCGAGCGAUGGGGCGAUGUAUUAGGGAUGUAUGUUGAGGAGAGGAUAGUGGGGAGGGGGGAGAUGGGUGGGUUGGGGGUUUGA